CUGGGCUUCGUACGUCGCGUCUCUUUCACUUCGCCUCGCACUCGUUGUCAGUGAAACCGAAGCACAAAUAAAAACGUUGAGCACUUGCCGAGCUCCCGUUAACCUCGACCAAAACAUAGACGACGAUAAAAAAAUUCUGUUGAAAGGAAAACGAGUCUCAAUUCAAUUCCUCGUGUUGUCUGGAGUCCCCUGUUCUGCAUUCUCCUCGUUCACCGAUUCCAUAAUAUUUAUUUUCCGUGGUGACUCACCGGAGCUGCCCCGAGGACACUCACCGGGCUCGUGUGCGAUGGAAUCUUUUGUCUCCUGGGCCAGUAAACGUGCGAGGGUAGUACAGGUGAAGCUAAAACACCUCUAACCAAUCACCAACCACCAGCAAGAUGUGAAGAAGCAUUUGAGGCUAUUGGCGUCUCGUAAAAAUAUCGUAUCCCCUCAGGACGUGUCGUGACGGUUCACCCAGUGAUGCCGAUGCCGGGAGUGAACUGAGAACCGGAAAUUUGCGCUUGAAAAUCGCGUGAGUGUUGAAAUUGUCUUCUGGGAAGUCCUGAGAUAAAGGAAAAACGGUACCGGACUCAUCCCUCGAGUGUAUCCAUCUUCCCCCCAGUGAGUACCUGAGGAACAUCAACAAUUCCCCGUCGAAUAUCGAUCGACUCCUCGUGACGUGUCGCAAUCGAUCACAAGUUACAGUUGUACUCGCGUGCUUACGAAAAAGGGGAAAAAAUUCGUUGGCUUUUUUUAACAAAGACGAGAGCUUAUCAACGUUACGAGGAUGAUCAUCGACGCCAGCUGAUCUCCAGUGGAGUGUAAAUAAACAUGAAAUGUUCAGGACGUGGAUCGAGUUCAAGAACGUAGCCAGAGGUAAAGCCCUAGAUCACGUCGUGAUUUGAUUGUCAACAUCACAGCUCUUUGAUUAUUUGUAGGUUAGGUUAAUUUCAAUUUUUAAUUUCAUUCCGAGCACGUGUCUGUGCUGAACGUCAAGGAUCCCCCUGCGGGCACAAUGUCAGUGUCUGGUGGACGUGGGGGAAGACUGAAAUGUCAUUAGUGAAUACACGUUACGGUGACAAACCAGUUUACUGAAUGUUGAGUCCACUUUAUCAAUGUUUUUCACGACUCUUUCGCGAGGUAUAAUCGUCGUUAUUGAUCGUGAAAACUGUUUAUCGUGAUUCCGGAGGGGAAAAUAAGUGUACCAGUGUGUCAAGUGACAUCUCCAACGGCUGACGAGUGGAGAAUAAUUAGUUUGACAGUUUUAAAAGUGAAAUUUAUCGUUGAAAGUGAAGUGCAGGGAAUCGGUGAUUAGGUUGUGCUGGGGUAAUGGGUGAUCGGGCUGUUGUCCUGGGGAUUUACCUGGGGGGAGUGACGGUUUGACGGCCUCGAAUGCACCUGACGGAGGGUCGAUAACAAUAGGGGGUAGUGCAUCUGCUCGACGAGCAAUAAUAUAUUAAUUUUUUGGGGGAGAACUGCUGUGAGUGGAGUGAAUAUGUUGCCGAGGAAAGAGGGACAGUUGGAGCCUUAUGCUCUCGAGGAUAUGAUCUCUGAUCUGCAGACGAGGAGGAGUGCUCUUGAUAGGGAUGAGGAGGUUGGAGAUCCUCAUGAACGACUUAAGCAGAGCGAGAAGGAUCUUGUGCUUGCUGCUGAACUGGGAAAAGCUCUCUUGGAGAGGAAUCAGGAACUCACUAGACAGUCUGAGGCACUUGCUGAGGAGUAUGGCAGCAAACUUGAGUGCCUCGAGCAGGAGCGUCAUCUGCUCCGCAGGAGACUCGAGGAGGCGAAGGGAGAGAACGAGGCCCACGUCCUGGAGCUCCAGGCCGACGUGGAGACCCUCCGUAGUCAGUUGGAGGAGCAGAGCGAUCGGGCCAGAAGAGCUGAGAGGGAUCAGGCGACGUUGGUCGCUGAACUCACUGCUCAGAACACCAGAUUAGCUGAUCAGCUGCGAGAAGCAGCCAAGCAGGAGGAGCAGCUGUUGGCUGAGGUCAAAGUACUCAGGGAAAAAUGUGCUGUCAGAAGCACAUCACUUCAGGAUCAUGUGAGCAGUUUGGAGAUUCUCAGGGAUGAGGUGCAAUUUGUAUCAGCACAAAGAACAGAAUUGGAAAGGCGAUCGUUGGAGCUGCGUGAGGAAAGAGCAAGAGCUGUGGCAGCCCUGGAGGAAGCUGAGGAAAGGGCUGCGGCCUUGGAGAGACUCAGCCAUGAAGCGGAACACCGAGCGAGAAUCGCUGAACAAGAAAGAGACGAACUAGCGGCUGCCCUAGCUACGAUCGAAGCAGAACAGAGAGGCAGGUCUGGAUCGAUACACAAGGCACCGAGGUCGUUGCAAGCGGAAAUGGAGUGCGAGGUGAGCGGAAGUUCACUCGGUGAGCCAGAGGACAUCAGGGCGGAAGUGACGAGGGCGUGCAAACGUCUUAGAGAGCUUAGUACACAGCUCAGACGUGGGGAAGACGAUUCCGGACUUCAGAGUGACUGCGACGAGUCAAUGGUCGUUAUUGUCAACGGAUCGGAGAGUGAGGGCCCUGGAGUGUUGUCGGACUUAGUCGAGGAGAUUUACAGUCUCGCCUUAACCGGAAGAGGUGCGCCAGGUGAAUUGAACCUGGCAGUUGAACUCCACCGAGUGACCGAGGAGCUGGAUCACACGAGACAGCAAUUUAAACAGACACAAGAGGAAUUAAAGCGUCGAGGUGAGGCCCUCCUUGAUACGACGAGUAAAUUAAGUGUCUGCGAAGCUGAAUUACGUGGAGUUAAGGAGGAACGUGAUCGUGCACGUGGUGACAUUGAGGACUCUGAACUCAACAGAGACGAAGUGAUUGCCCAGGCAUAUACAGUGAGGGAUCAGGCUGUUGCCAGGAAGAACAGGGCUGAAGUGGAGUUGGCUAGGACAAGAAUAGAUGUCCUUCAGGUCAAUAGCCAAUUGAUGGAGGCGAUACAGCAGAAAAUUGAGCUGAGUCAGCAGCUGGAGCAGUGGCAAAUGGACAUGCAGGCACUCAUUGAUGAGCAUGUGAAGAGUAAACUGACACCUCCUAGUCCACAGCUCAAUGGGAGUAAUGGGGGAGACAGCCCGGAUGUGAGCGCUCCAGCGAGGAAGAAGAGGAGCACUGGGAGCAGUAAAAAAAUGUUCGGAUUCUUCUGAUUUUGUGAUGUGUAGAGAAAUUUUUUAUUUUGAGAAAUUUAGAGGAAUAUGGGGAGUGUUGGGAGAGGUAGUUCAAUCGAUAAUUAAUUGGUUCAUUAUUUUGUGGAUAUCCCUGGAGCCGAGAGGGGUUUUUUAAAAAGUUUAUGGUAAAAAUCCUCAAAAGGCAGAAUGUAGCAAAAUAAUUUUUUAUGGAGCAUUUUAUGGAAGACAAACUUUUUCCAGGAAUAUUCGGAAAAUAAUGUGCAAUUUUAUGGUUCAUCUAUUUCUCUAUUUGAUUAUCUGGGUAAAGAAUAGUUUUAUUACUUGAGACUAUUCGGUCCCUGGAUAAUUAAUUAAUUAAUGUUAUUAGACUCAAUUAAAUUACUCUCCAGAAUUGCUGGAUGUUCCAGGGUUGAUUUAAAAAAUAUUGAGUUUGUGGAAUGAUCUCUAGGCAAUUUGAGAUGACUUUAUUAGACUAGUUGAUUCUGAAUUUAUUUUCAGACCUGUACAUAAUAUAUGUUAAUUGAUCAGUAGAUUAUUUUAUCAUGUACUGUUGAAUUAACCAAUGAAGCUCCGUCCUCAUCGCGAAGUGACUUAAAUAAAUUUUGAAGAUAUUUAUAUUCUAGGAUAAUUACGACAAUCAUGUACGUCAUGAUCAUGGGGAAGGGGAAGAGAUGAAGGAAUUUGACGAUUUUUUUUAUUUGGAAAUAAAUUUGAAAGUGCAAUAAUUUACUGAGAUCUGUACUUUUGAGUUGUAGAAAGUAUUUUUCUUUAUUUCUUGUCUAUUACCGUCAAUUCCCAAUUUCUGAUCAGGAAAUAGGAAACUUGCAUGCAGAUCAAUUCAUUAUAAUUCUGUUAAAUCUUGAAAUUUUACGUGAACAGUUUGAAAUUUAAUAAAUAUUCAUCUCAACGCCAAAUUAUGUUGUUUAAAUUAAAAAUUGAAUUUAAGUUGAAGUGUUGCCCACAUGUCCUGCAAUAGUUAAUUAGAAAUCAUGACAAGAAGAGUUGACAAUUGAAAAAAAAUCAUGUGAGUUCCCUAUUCGAUAUAAUUGACCCAAUAAUUUUUUCGGUGAGAAAUCUGUUUUUAAAAAUCAUCGGAAAUUGGGAAAAAUUUAGGAGGAAUGAAAACAGAAUUGUAAUAUUUUUUUUAAUCAGUGACAUAUACCAUUCAAUACCGACAAAUGUAAAUAGAAUCAUUUUGUCUCCAUCGUUUGCAGUAACAUACGAAUAAAGCUCUCAUUUUAUUCACAGAA